GACUCUCGCGGCAGGUGCACCAACCUAAGUGCCACUCCGCUUACCUGCGUCCUGUGCCUACCGAGGCAGAGUAGUGUGUCCGGUGCUCUCAGCUUCUCUUUCCUCUUUCUUCUCCCCUCCUUUCUUUCCCUCUCUCUCUCUCUCUCUCUCUCUCUCUUUCAGUCCAUCCCUACCUGUCUUCGUUCGUUGAGCUGUCCUCAAGCCCUCCUUCCUUUCCUCCCCUUCUCCCUCUCUUUCUCUCUGUCUCUCUCUCUCUCUCUCUCUGUCUUUUUCUCUCUCCCUCUCACUCUUUCUCUCGGCAUCUUCUGUUUCUCUUUUUCUCUUUCUCUCUAUAUUUCCUCGCCUCUUACCGUCCAUCCCCUUCGCCGUCUUACGCAGCAGCAGCAGUGCCGUGUGGUAGUGUCGUGUCAACCCGCGGUACAUCAACGAUCGCCCGGGAUACGAGGAAAGGAUCAUCGAUCCUCGACGGAGGACGGUCACGCGAGAUAUCGCCGGGUCAGCACCUUUCGAGAGAGGAGAGUGUCGUGUUAUAUAUACUUAUAUAUAUACAUAUAUAUAUAUAUAUAUAAUAUAUAUAUAUAUAUCUCUCUCUUUCUCCUUUUUUUUCUUUCUACCUUCUUCCCUCUCUCUUUUCCUUUUCUCUCUUCCUUUUUUUCUUUUUUUUCUUUCCUUCUUUCUCUCUUUCAUUCUUUCUUUCGUACGCGUGUCACACCCGGUCUCGAGGAAAGUCGGACUCUGACUUUUCGAAGGAAUAGCCAGGAUUCACGCGAAGACACAUGCGGGAUUCGAGAUCAGUUCGUGUCAUUAAAGGGGAAUGAAUCGUGGAUCGUGUUUAGUAGAAUGAUGCGUGAUCCUCUUGAGAUAUAAUAGAUCGCGAGAAAAAUUAGUGGAGUAAGAGAAAAACGGAGAAGAAAGAAGAGAGACGAGAACAGUUAACGAAGACAAUUAACGGGUACAGUGAAGUUGUCAAACGUCAUCCGGUGUAUUUUUAUUUCUCUCUCUCUCUCCCUCUCUCUCUCUCUCUCUCUCUCUUUCUCUCUCUGUAUUUCUUUCUAUCUAUCGUUCAGUGUCUAUCAUUGACAUUUCCGUGACAUUUUAAACAGUGUGCGCGUGUUUCGAGACGAGCGAGCGUAACCCGCGGUCGCGCUUGCGCGAGAAAUCGUUCGCUCGUUUGUCGCAUCGAAUCCUUUGAAAAGAAAUAAUCGUAGGAGUGAGUGAGAGAGAGAGAGAGAGAGAGAGAGAGAUAGAGAAAGAGAGAGAGAGAGAGAGGAGUUAAGGAAGAGUUAAUUGGAAGAAAUUAAUCGUAUAUAGGAAAAGUGGAAAGAGAGAAGCGGGAGGGAGAGAGGAGAGGAGAGAACAAGAGAAGAAGGACAAAAAAAAGAAGAAAAAGAAGAAGAAGAAGAAAGACAAAGCCAUAGAGAGAGUUGGUGGGAUAUUAUUCGAUGACGCGAAUUCCGUGCCUUAUCGGCUUCACGGCUGACGCCGACGGCUUAUCGCCGGCGUUAUCUGGCUCACCGCUGCUCUCUCGGAACCCUUGCGUGUCCUCGAGCAGAGAACUUUAAGCGUUUUCGUUGACGGCUGGGUUGCUUUACGGGAUCGUCCGAACAAAGUUUCUCUCUUCUUUUCACUCUCUCUCCCUGUUCCUUCCUCAACGAUACAUUACAUUUUUCCCUUUUAUAAUAAAUUUUGAUGUAUCUACUCGUGAGUGUGUUUUCGUACGUUCCUUGAGCGAAAGAAUGAGGAUACAGCAAUAAUUCUUGAAAGAAAAAGAAAAAAAAAACAGAAUAAGAAAAGAAAGAAAGAAAGAAAGAAAAAGAAGUGAGGAAGAAAGGCAUAGAAAAAAGAAGAGAAAGAAUAGAAAAGCGCGGACGAUGCAACUUGAACGACGCGCUCGAACGAUCGUAUUCUGACGUUCAACAGGUGUGUUCGCCUGUGAGGUGACUCGCGAGCGUGCGACAACAAACGAGUGUCGUCGUCGUGUAACCAUCACGUAGCCUCGCGUUUUUCGCUGGAAGGCAUAACGAAAGAGAGGAGGAAGGGCCGAGAAGGCUCGAGUAUCGCCGUGAAUAUUCUCGAGGUCGAGUCUCGUCGAACGGAUUGGAGAUGUCCGCGGGUUGUUGAGAGAAUGAGGGAGCUGGACACCGAGAGUCCUGUCGUCUGGCCGGCUUGGUGUUACACUGGUGAAGCGUCUGGUGAAAACGCGUCCACGGGUACUGGAUCUCGUGGUGGCGAUCGUGGAGAAGCAGCGGAUUUAGGAACGCACACAGAAGAGAACGAGGAGACCACCCUGGCCGCGAACACAGCGGUCGACGGCAGGGGCGGAAGCCCCCAGGACGCCCACCUCUCGGGUUCGGCUACUAGCAGGCCUUCAAGAGGCAGAAGACGUCAAAAUCAGAAUGGUCUCGAUACCGCUCAAGUUAAAACAGAACGACUAACACCUGACAAUAACUCGACCUCGUCGAGAAGCGUAACGCCAUCGUCGUCGAGUCAUCCAGGCACGCCACCAAAUGCGACAUCCCUCGGUGGACCCGAGGGGCCACCACCACCGCCGCAUCAUCUCAAGCACAUGGAACAGAUGAUGGGACGUAAUUGCAGUGAUUUUAUGAGAAGCCUUGCCGCAAAAUACAACAACGCCAAUCCUAACGAUUACUUCAGUACCCUAAGAAACGGUUAUCCUCCUGGUUUGGAUCCAAGGUUUCCUGCGUUUAAGACCGCAGCCACACCGUUCGUAGGUCUAAUGGCCCCUCUUGGAGCGCCACAACCAACCACCGUUCAAACCACCUCGCCUCUCUCCAAUAAGGAUCCCAAGGAGCAGAAACAGGAUAGCAUAUUCGGGAACCCGGUCUUUCCUCCUAUGCUCGAUAUGUCGUCGACGCAAGCCCUUUUGCACAUGGUGCGAACGGCGAAUGCGGCACAGAACGCUGCCGAACUCGAGACUUAUCUCAAGGGUGCGAACAAACGUGACGCGGGAGUGACAAGCCCUUUGGAUCUCUCGACUCCAGGAGGAUUUGCACCUCGUAAAAGGCAAAGGACAGAAACGAGGAGAUCAGGGAGCGUAUCUCCGAAACCCAAAGCUACCCCACCUGGUCCGAGCACACCGCCACCCGUCAGAUGUCCCUCCUUAUGCGGUCACAUGCCGUGCGGUGAUGGACAAGCGGUUAAUCGUUGGACCAUCGAGGAUGUCGUCAAUUACGUCUCCUCGAUUGACAUUUGCGCAGAAUACGCUCAGAAUUUCCGAGAGCACCGUAUCGACGGGGCUGCGUUACCGCUACUGUCGGAGGAACACCUGACGGGACCAAUGGGUAUGAAACUGGGACCAGCCUUGAAGCUUCGAGCAAUGCUCGCGCGGAAACUUGGGGCGUGUACUGUCUGUCUUCACUGUGCGCAUUGCCACAAGACGCAGCUACCUAUGCUAAGCACAGCAGCUGCAGCCGCUGUUGUCGUUCAACAGCAACAACAACACCAACAACAACAACAACAACAACAACAACAGCAGCAACAACAACAGCAGCAGCAACAGCAACAACAGCAACAACAGUCGCAGCAACAACAACAACAACAAUUGCAACAGGCACAGGGUAGACGUCCGAGUAGUACGGGUAACUGACAAAUACUGGCGGGGGCUCCCUCUUUCGGCCUUGAAGGAGCGCCUGCCAUUACGAUCGACUCUCCAGAUCCAAACAGAGCCCUCAGGAUAGAAAGGCGUAUUCCACGGCCGAUACGUAAACCAGAAGUUGUCUUCAAAAAGCCAAUUAAACAGUGACACUCGAAGAUACUGUGCUUUCGGUUAAAUGGAAAAAAAGCAAAGAAAAGAAAAAGAAAAAAAGUAAAAGAAAAAGAAAUAAGAAAACACUUUUUACGAAACACCAACGUUUUGAACUAUUAUAGAUUACGUGGUGUCACACCAUGAGUGUCGUGAGUGACGUGUUCGUUCUAUAAGUGGACCUUGCAUUUUUUCAUUCACUUAAUUGACAAAGCUUGUGAGUAUCGUUUCUGAAUUUUCAAAGAUACAUUUCGAUUCUUUCAAUCGGGUUUAUGGUUUGGAUUUUCUAUGUGAUUAUUGAAGAAUAAUUGAUAUUGAAAAGUAUCAACUUACAAUACGAAUUAGAUACGAGAGAACAGAGACUUUAGUCGAUGUUGAUAACCUGUACCUAGUAUAAGAGUACCUAGAAUACUGCUCAGAGAUAUUUUCGGGCAUACGCAUGGAACGACCUUAAUUUAUAUAUAUAUAUAUA